AUGUUGAGGAGCUUAUUGCUCCUUUGCAAUUCUUUGUUGAAGUCAGUGGUGUGUGUGGGACGAGAAUUUCUACAAGCUUGGGAAAGCGGGAUGCGAGGAGUGUACAAACUUGAGAGCAAGGCAACCACUGGAGUGAAGCGCCAUCAUGAGCUCCACAACAGUGACAACGACCUCCAACUCUGCGAUGAUCUGGCAGGAAAGACGCUUGGUACAGCCAUUGAUAAUCUGCUUGGUAGACACAAGGCCAUCACCUGUGAUCCAUGCUUGAUGAAAUCAUCAGCUCUUCUGGAUCUUAUUCCAGACAAUGAAGAGCCUUUGCCGCCAACAGCGACAAAAGCUGCAGCUACUGUAGCUUCCUCUCCAUGUUCUACUGCUGCAGCUCCUUCAGUUGCAGCUGCUGCUGCUGCUGGUGUGCCAGAGGAGGAGAUCUCGGUUCCAUCAAUGUUUGCAAGCUUCAAGCCAAAGGCUGCCGAUGUACCCGCUGCCAGCAAGGCCAAAGCAAAGGGGAAAGCCACCGCCAAGGUGAAAGCGAAGGCAAAAGCCAGUGCUGGUGAUAUUGCUGGCCUUUCCAUGUUCGAGAAGCCCAAACAUACUGAUGAUCAAUGUGCUGGACAAUCACCGAAACGCCAACGUGUGAACAAUGCUACGAAGCGAGUCUCCAUGGUUGAGAACAUGGAACCCCUGUCAAAGACAUGCAGCAUGACUGAACACAUGCAAACCGCAGAUGCCACUUGGUGUGAUGAGUACAAGGGCAAGGUGGAGUCUCUUUUGUCUUUCACUCCUGGAGAAAGUGAUGCUGACUUCAAGGCUGAGUUCAUUGCCGAGACGAAGGAGCUCAGCGUGGUCCUCCAAGGAGUCAGAGCAAGGAAGCGCACCCUCAAUCGCAGAACUGAGGAGAACAAGGAGCAGCCAAUGAAGGUUGCCGAAGCAAUGGAGACUGCACUUCUCAAGCUCAAUGACUUUCUGAAGUUGAUCAACAAAGGCAACUCGAGCUCGGGAGAUGAUUGUAUUCAUCAAUUGUCAGAGCUUGUGGAUCUAGGCGCCAACUUUGGCCCAUAUGUCUUUGUCAGAGCUGGCAAGAUCAAGUGGAACGAAAGCUGCAGAGAUGGACUGACAUGGUCGGCUCAACUUAUGACUUUGUCUCAAAGCACCUCAGUGGUUGCACUAUCCGCAAACUGUGAUGAGCUGGCUUCUUUGCGCGGCUUUAUCAAGACCAUGUCUGCGGAAUUUCCACUUGAAAGCUUCCGUUGCCAAUGCAAGCACAUUGGUGACAUUGUGAACGCUUGCAGCACCCCUCCUACUGACAUCACAUCGACCCUGGAUACUAUGAAGAAGGCAGGCACAGAGGCUUCUGCUUUGGUCUCUUUCCGGUGCCUACCCCAGGGAAAGAAGCUCAUGGCUCUGGCUGAGGAGUUUGCAUCCACCAAGACACACUUGGUUCAAUUUCUCAAGGGCAUGAAGGAUAUUUGCUUUGAAGCUGACACAUGCUUCGACAGCCUGGACGGGCUCAAUCAGGAAGCUGCAUGUGGGAAGCUUCAAGGCCUCACUUCAGGAAUGAAGAAGCUCUUGGCACAGUGUGAUCCAUCCAAAGAUGAAGGGUGUGCAGCUGCUGCGGACGAUGCUAGGAAGAAGCUCUCUCACCUUGCACUUCACCUAGUCAGCCACCAUUUGAAGCUGGAUGGGUUGCCGUGGCUGCAAGUCACGCAAGUCCAAACAACCGCUUUGAAGGCCACCAGGACUAUGUCGAAGCCACCAGCGUUUCCUGUGCUGAAGAUGAACUAUUUGCUGGAGUCCUCAUCAACUCAAAAGGUCUCCACCCUCAGUGAACUCGAGAAAUUCUAUGAUUGUCUUGGCGCUCUCGCAGUGCAAGUCGACUUGAACUUUCGCACUGUUCCAGGCUCUGCUACCUCGCAAGAGCUACGAUCCAUUGCAGUGGAGCUUUGUUCAAGCUAUACCACCUGGCUUCAUUCCAAGAAUGCACUUCUAGUGUCAAAUCCAUCCGCAUUUGGGGUCAUUCAAGCGUUUGAUGAAGAGGUGAAGCACCUCAUUACAUCGUCUUGCUUUAGGACAUGGGCUGAAGCAGUCGACCUACCGAUCCAGGUUGUGUCUAAGCUUGUUAGCACAGCCUGGAGAGUCGAUUCCAACGCACUACCUGAUGACAUGGUGCAAAAGGCCGAGGAUUGUAUUCCAAAUGCCCAGUUGCUUGCCACGGGGCUGGAGGAAGGAAAUGGGAGCGAGUCAGACAUCACCAAGUCAGUGAAGGGUGCCACAGACUUUCUCAGUAGAAUUGUCAAGUUCAGCAAGGUUGUGCAGUCUGAUGAUGCUGAUUCUCCACCAAGUGCAUCCGGUGUGAUCCAAUUGUUUGACCUUAUGAUGUCUCUCGGGCUUGCUUCCUCGUCUUUGGAGAAAGACAUCAAGCUCGACAAGACUGUGCUGAUGCAAAAGGCAGAAGAGCUAUACAAGGUGAUUUGGUCAGACGAAGUUCGGAAACAUUCCCAGGACAAUACCAUCGUUGAGGGGCAGAUGUUGGUGGAUUUCUUGGAAGGGUUGCACAUCACCAUGAACAAGACCUUCUCGUUUUUGGCUGAUCAGCAUUCACAGACCUUGGUGAACCUGCAGGGCGAGUUGCAGCACUUCAAGCACUUCCCAGAGACCAAGGAGGGCAACGAGGAAGCUUUUCUCAGUCAUUGGGGCACCGGUGACAGCUACAAAAAGUUCUCAAGUCUUCUUGAUCGAUUGGAAUCCAGCUUGUCCUCCCCCAAGGCAGAUUGCGAAGUCAUGAAAGUGCCUGUGGAACAGCUCGCGCCAUCUGUUCAACAGGCUGAAGCAGAGCGGAAACAGUGUUUGCUGGUGGUCACUGUUUAUGCUGCUCUCAAGAUCUUGUGGUCACAAGCUGCCAAAUGCAAGUCCGCGAGCCUCCGUCCCUCUGUGCAAAAGCUUCUGGAGUUUGCCAAAGCCAAAACAGUUGAAGUGCCACCAUUUGUGAUCAAAGGGCUGCAGCAGUUGCUGGGCACACUUCAGGAUGCAGCCGCCCCAAGCGGAAAGAAGCGUAAGUCUCCAGAAUGUGGCGCAAACAAGUGA